AUGCGCCCUGCCCACCUGUUCCGCCGCUGCAGGCUCAAUUCCUCGGCCACCUCUGUCUCUGCCUCUGCUCGCGCGACCAACCCCAACCUCCGACCUCCGCGACACUACUCCACCUCGUCCCCAGAACCGAGGGAGGCAUCCUCUUUUUGGAUCACUUUUACCCUGCUCGCCAUUGGAGGAGGCGCUGCGCUCCAUAACUACUACUCCCACGACCCCCCGCCCGCUCUCUCCCGGCCGCCGCCACCAGAACCCUUCCUCGGAGUCAUUGAUACGCUCAAGAAGAUGCCCGUGGAACCCGCCCCCGGCACCGUCUCGACCCUCACGGCCGAGCAGGAGGCCAAGCUGCAGGAAUUCUGGGUCCUGGUCCUCCACGUUUUCGGCAUCAAGCCCGACGACCUCGGGCCCGCAACCAAGGCCAAUGCCGACGACAGCCAAUCCACGACGACGAAGAAACCCAAGCGCCGAUGGGGGCUCUUCGGCCGCAGCGGCGACGAUGACGAUGACGCUAAGAGCAUGUCCUCCGAGCAGGGCAUCAGCACCAGCCUGGCGGCCAUCACCAUCACCGACGGCGACGACAAGUACAGCCAGUCGAAGGAGUUCCAGCAGGCCCUGGCCGAGAUGUCGCCGGAAGAGAUCCGGACUGCGUUCUGGAAUAUGGUGAAACAUGACCAUCCGGAUGCGCUGCUGCUGCGGUUCCUGCGCGCGCGCAAGUGGGAUGUCCAGAAGGCGCUGAUCAUGCUGAUUUCCACCAUGCGGUGGCGGCUGCAGGAGGUGCACGUGGACGACGAUGUCAUGAUCCACGGUGAGGCGAUGGCCCUGCAGCAGUCACAGAGCUCCGAUCCUGUGGAGAAGAAGAAGGGCGAGGAGUUCUUGCACCAGAUGCGCUUGGGCAAGAGUUUCCUGCACGGCGUGGAUCGCAUGGGCCGUCCCAUUUGUGUUGUCCGUGUACGCCUGCACCGGGCGGCGGAGCAGAGCGUGGAAACGCUGGAGCGAUUUACGGUGUACACCAUUGAGACUGCACGCCUGUUACUCGCGCCUCCAGUGGAGACGGCUACCAUUAUCUUCGACAUGACGAACUUCACUCUAGCCAACAUGGACUACACCCCCGUCAAGUUCAUGAUCAAGUGCUUCGAAGCUAACUACCCCGAGUCCCUCGGCUCCGUACUCAUCCACAAGGCACCGUGGAUCUUCUCCAGCAUCUGGAAUAUCAUCAAAGGCUGGCUCGACCCCGUCGUGGCGUCCAAGAUCCACUUCACCAAGAACCGCGAAGACCUCGAAGAAUUCAUUGCCCCCGAGCGCCUCCCGAAAGAGCUCGAAGGUGACGAGGAUUGGGAGUACGAGUACAGCGAGGUCCAGACCGGGGAGAAUGUCCAGAUGGAAGACAAGGAAAAGCGGGAUGUGCUCGUCAAGCAGCGCCACGACCUCGCCAAGGAGAUCCAGGAUGUCACGAUUGAUUGGAUCAAGGCCAGUGGCAAGAAAGACACCGACGCGGUUGCCGCUGCUAAGCAGAAGCGCGAGGGUCUGGUUGAGCAGCUCCGCAAGCAGUACUGGGACCUUGACCCGCAUAUUCGGGCGCGCUCGCUCUAUGACCGGCUGAAUAUCGUCCAGGGCGGGGGGAAGAUUGAGUUCUAUCCCGUUGCGGAGAAGAAAGAGACGGAGCCCACGGUCGAUGAAAAUACGGCAGCGGCAACGGAGACCACCGCAUGA